CCCAUAAACCAGUCGACUUUGUAUCGGCUCAUUUGUAACAGGCGGUCAGUUCAUCUAGACCCUUUUUUCUAUACUUGGAAUAAAGUUUGAACAAUCAUCAUCCUCAUCAUCAACAAGGUGGAUUAUCAGUGGUUGGCCAUAAAAAUACUGUUGUUAACCCUGUAAAACCUGCACGCAGCCUAUCUUGGGACAUGGGUACAAGACGCACGGUGCCAACGUUCCUGGCUGCAUCCAUAUUUCUAUUCGUGGCAUUAUGUGAGCCAGUGGAUAAACAGGAUAUGCAAGUCAUUGACAUGCUGAGUCUGCAGGACCACAAGCAGAAUGUUGCAGCGGUGGAGAAGGUGGGGCGGGCUCUGAGCACGCUCAGUGACAUCUACAUCGUGUCCACUUUCUACCUGCCAGCCAAGCUCGGAGGCGUGCUGCUGGGCAUCUACAACAAACAAGACAAUAAGAAAUACCUAGAGCUGGCUAUGAUGGGCAAGAUCAACAAAGCCUUGGUUAGGUAUGUUAGGGAGGACGGCAAAAUCCACACUGUCAACCUCCAGAAUGCCAACCUGGCUUACGGUCGAACGCACUCUAUCAUCCUGCGUGUGGGAGGGCUACGCAGGGACCACCUACACCUGGAGCUUUACGUAAACUGCCGAUUGGCCGACUCCAGCCAAGGUCUUCCACCAUUGGUCGCUCUCCCUGCCGAGGCAGAGAUGGUGGAGAUAAGGAAUGGCUACAAGGCUUACGCUAGGGUACAGGGUGCAGUCGAGUCCCUCAAAGUGGCACUAGGGGGCACUGUGGCCAAAGCAGGCACUCUGAUUGACUGUCCUUUCCAGGUAGACUCCUCAGCCUACAACACUGUUGGUGUGGAAGUGAACUCCAUUUUGGGUGACCACACCAAGGCUCUGAUUGGACAGCUGAUCAUUUUCAACCAGAUUCUAGGGGAGCUACGAGAAGACAUCAGAGAGCAAGUGAAGGAAAUGUCCUUGAUCAGGAACACCAUUUUGGAAUGCCAAGUAUGUGGCUUCCAUGAGCCUCGCUCCAGAUGCUCACCCAGCCCCUGCUACAAAGGUGUGAGUUGCAUGGAGACCUUUGAGUCCCCUGGGUACCGCUGUGGGCCCUGCCCAGAGGGCAUGAUGGGAAACGGUACCCACUGCCAGGACAUCGACGAGUGCGCUGUGGCCCAGCCCUGUUACUCUGUGGGGGCAUGUAUCAACACAGCUCAAGGUUUUUCCUGUGAGCCCUGCCCUCCUGGACUCUGGGGACCCCCUCUUAUUGGAGUUGGACUUGAGUAUGCCAAGAAUCACAAGCAGGAGUGCGCUGACAUUGAUGAAUGUAUGGAGGUGGCUGAUGCCUGUGUACCAAACUCAAUAUGUACCAACACGAUCGGAUCAUAUCAGUGUGGGGGCUGUAAGGCGGGCUAUCUAGGUAACCAGACGGCAGGCUGUGUCUCCAAGCAAACCAAGUCAUGCGCCUCCCUGAGCUUCAACCCCUGCGACGCUAACGCCCACUGCAUCAUUGAGAGGAAUGGAGAGGUGUCCUGUGCGUGCAACGUGGGCUGGGCUGGUAAUGGAAACACGUGUGGCGUGGACACGGACAUAGAUGGAUACCCUGACCGCUCCCUGCCCUGCAUGGACAACGACAAGCACUGCAAACAGGAUAACUGUAUAUACACGCCCAACUCAGGACAGGAAGAUGCAGACAACGAUGGGAUUGGAGACCAGUGUGAUGAGGAUGCUGAUGGGGAUGGGAUCAAGAAUGUGGAGGAUAACUGCAGACUGAUGCCCAACAAAGACCAGCAGAACUCAGACACAGACUCAUUCGGUGAUGCAUGUGACAACUGUCCCAAUGUCCCCAACAUUGACCAGAAAGACACUGACACCAAUGGACAGGGGGAUGCCUGUGACAAUGACAUAGAUGGGGAUGGUGUACCCAAUGUGCUGGACAAUUGUCCCAAAGUCCCCAACCCAAUGCAGACAGACAGAGACGGGGACGGGGUUGGGGAUGCCUGUGACAGCUGCCCUGAGACAAGCAACCCCAUGCAGACGGACAUUGACAACGACCUGGUUGGAGAUGUGUGUGACACUAACCAAGACACGGAUGGGGACGGCCACCAGGACACCAGGGACAACUGUCCAGAGAUCCCCAACAGCUCCCAGUUGGACUCAGACAACGAUGGCCUCGGAGACGACUGUGACGACGACGACGAUAACGAUGGCAUCCUGGAUGUGGCAGAUAACUGCCGACUCAUUACCAAUCCCAACCAGAAAGAUUCAGAUGGUAACGGGGUUGGCGAUGUGUGUGUGAACGACUUUGACAACGAUUCCGUCAUGGAUGUGAUGGACGUGUGUCCAGAGAGCUCAGAGGUCACGCUGACGGACUUCCGAGCCUAUCAGACGGUCAUUCUGGACCCAGAGGGAGACGCUCAGAUCGACCCCAACUGGGUGGUGCUCAAUCAGGGAAUGGAGAUUGUCCAGACAAUGAACAGUGACCCUGGGCUGGCUGUGGGCUACACAGCAUUCAAUGGUGUGGACUUUGAGGGGACGUUCCACGUCAACACAGUGACAGACGACGACUACGCGGGCUUCAUCUUCGGCUACCAAGACUCCUCCUCCUUCUAUGUGGUCAUGUGGAAGCAGACAGAGCAGACCUACUGGCAGGCCACGCCCUUCAGGGCCAUGGCCCAGCCUGGGCUACAGCUGAAGGCUGUGAAGUCGAGCACAGGGCCGGGGGAGUACCUGCGUAACUCCCUGUGGCACACAGGUGACACCCCCGGGGAGGUGAAGCUGCUGUGGCAGGACCCCCGCAAUGUGGGCUGGAGGGACAAGACUUCCUACCGCUGGAAGAUCAGCCACCGACCGCAGGUGGGCUACAUCAGGGUGAAGCUGUACGAAGGCACUGAGAUGGUGGCUGACUCCGGUGUGGUCAUUGAUACCUCCAUGAGGGGUGGGAGGCUAGGUGUCUUCUGUUUCUCCCAGGAAAACAUAAUCUGGUCCAAUCUGCGCUACCGCUGCAAUGACACUGUUCCAGAUGACUUCAAUCCAUACCGCAAACAGGUCCUCAUGCACUUCAAGGUCUAAAGACUGUGUGGAUGUUUGAGAAACUUCCCAGCACUGUCUUCAUAUGUGCCCACACAUACCCUCUCCAUACUGAAGGAUGACCUUUGUUGUUUGUGUGUGUGUGGGUCUGCAUUCACAUUUGAACUGAAGUCACAGUAACAGUUUACAACAUUUGGAACAACAAACUAUAAAAUACAUGACAUCACAAAGUCCACAGACGAAAGACCUGUUGAACUACAAUAUAUGAUUGAAGGUAUUGAUGCUGGGUCACUGGUGAGUGCUACUGUUUUUGUCCAAAAACUUUGGACAAUACAAAUGCAUGCCACAGUUCAUGUGCUAAGCUCAUGUCAGUGUUAAAGCAGUACCAUUAGGAGACUUGAACAUCUGAAUUAUAUGUUCCCACUACAAAUUCGUCAAAUCUAGUCAUAUGGCUAUACAUUCAUGAAUAAAUGAAGGUUGAACGAAUGACAACAAUUAACUAUUGAGUUUGACUGUUACAGAAAAGUGGUUUCAGGUCAGAACUAGAAUAUGAAUGAGUAGAUCCUGCUAUAUAUCCUGAUGACACAAGCUGAAAAAGUCUUCUUUUGGACUGCUAUUUUGUUUAUAUCAUAACUUCAGUGCCAAAAGCUGUAUGUAAGUCAGUAAAUACUGUACAUUCUUACCUGUGGUUAUAAACUGUUUUGGUAUUUGCUAUUGGAAUAUAGUAUGUAAUAGUUUCAACUCAAUAAAGAUUUGUCAUAAAAUAAAUUGUUUUUU